AGCACAGCAGACUACUGAGGGAGCCAGGAGGGAGAUUUCACGACUUCAACUCCACUACCAGCGAACCACGCCCCAGGGGAGGGGAGAAGCGGGGUGGCCGCCAGGUGUCCAAACUUCCGCCAUGGAAGCAGGAAAGAGUGAGUGAAGGAGGAGGGUUUUUUUGCAGUUUCCGUGCAGCGAUGAAGUCCGGGAAGAGUGUCUGCGUUCUCAACGUCGGGGGGACCCGCUACGCCUUCACCCGCGACGUGAUCCGUAAUUUCCCACUCCGGCGCGUCAGCCGCCUCCAUGCGUGCGCCACGGAGAAGGAAGUCCUGGAGCUUUGCGACGACUACGACCGGGACCGUAACGAGUUCUUCUUCGACCGCCACGCUCAGGCGUUCGUCUUCAUCAUGCUCUACGUGCGCUCCGGAAAACUCCGCUUGCUACCCGGCGUGUGCGAGAUCUCCUUCUACUCCGAGAUGCUCUAUUGGGGGCUGGAGAGCGCGCACUUGGACUCCUGCUGCCAAAAGCGCCUGGACGACCGGCUCUCCGAGAUCGGGCUGGACGGGCUCUCCGAAGAGGAUGCAGGAGGGGGGUCUGAGGAGGAAACCCAAAGUGCGGUCGAUCCAGGGCAGCCGCUCACCCGGCGAGCCAGGUGGUUGGAGAGGACGCGAAGGGCUUUCGAGGAACCCAACUCUUCCAUCGGGGCGCAGCUGCUGGCUUCGGUGUCCGUCAUCUUUGUCAUCGUGUCCAUGGUCAUGCUGUGUGCCAGUACUCUCCCGGACUGGGACACUGCCAAAAGGAACACCGUGGAGGAGCACAGGAUAGUCGAGGCAGUUUGCAUUGGCUGGUUCACGGCCGAGUGCACGAUGCGCUUCCUGGUGGCAAGGGACAAGUGGGACUUCCUCUGCCGACCGCUCAACAUCAUUGACGUGAUCGCCAUCACCCCUUACUACGUCACCAUGGCGCUGGCCCGGGCGGGGAUGCCGGGCGCCGGGCUCGGGGUGGCGGGCGUCAUCCUGCGCGUGCUUCGGAUGAUGCGAGUCUUUUGGCUCAUGAAGCUGGCCCGCCACUUCCUGGGCCUGCAGACGCUGGGGCUGACGCUGCGGCGCUGCUACCGGGAGAUGGUGAUGCUGAUGGUGUUUGUCUGCGUUGCCAUGGCAAUAUACAGCGCCCUGGCACAGCUCCUUGAGCACGGCUUGGAUUUGGGCUCGCAGAACCAAGAUUACGCCAGCAUCCCGGCCGCCGCCUGGUGGGUCAUCAUCUCCAUGACAACUGUGGGUUAUGGGGACGUCUACCCUGUGACCGUCGGAGGGCGGGUUCUCGGGGGGAUGUGCGUGGUGAGCGGCAUCGUCCUGCUUGCCCUGCCCAUUACGUUCAUCUACCACAGUUUUGUACAGUGCUACCAUGAACUCAGACUCCGCUCGGCCAGAUGCGCUCGCAGCAUCUCGAUGGAAAUCCUUCAGUGAGCAUUUUAUUCACUUUUGGGACAAUGGCCAUGCUCUUUUCCUCCUUUCUCAUCUGGCAUUUUUAACACCAUUUGAACAGAGAAAUGAGAAACACACAGGCGGUGUCAGUCUCGUUUCCCCUGUGGACUUUGUUUGCACUGCAUCUCCCUGUGUUUGCCCGGCCUUCAGCUUCUCAGUUUUUUCCAGGCUGAGCGUGACCUAGAUGUGCUCCGUACAUGUGAACGAGGUGCACAAGUGCAAUGACAGAGGAGGUCGCUGUGUGUGUAUGUGUGUAGAGAGAAGGCUUAAAGGAAAACUGCACUUUCUUUUAUUUUGCUCAUCAUCCAUAAUGCUAGAGACAUGAACAAAUAUGUCUUUCUCUUUUCUGUGCGUUCAAAACAAAAAUGCCUCCUCGAAAAAAUCAGACAUCACAAAUCGUCUCCUGCCGUAUCCCUGUGCACUGUAGACUCCAUUCUUGUGUAUGUGACGAAGACGCUCUCAUCGACUUCCAUGACGGAGUGCCGCGGCCAUCUUCUGUGAGUGUUCCACAGGGGAACAUACACAAGAAUGCAGAGGCGACAGUGCGCAGGGAUACGGCGGGAGACCAAUAUAACGCAGAGCGAUUUGUGAGGUCUCAUUUUAGUAGACAUUUUUGUGAUGCAAAUGUAUUACUCUUUUGAACGCAUAUUGUUUUGAGAAGCCAAACUCCUUAUUUGUGAAACCCCAGCCACUACCUGGAACUACGUUCUUCAUCACCAAACUCCGACCAGAACUGGACUUAGGAGACCAAGUGGGGGGUGAGUCGCUGUUGAUGGACUACACUGCUGAUGAGGAUGUCAUACAACUUCAUGUAAAAAAAUCAGUCAAAAAAAGUCGGGAUAAUUAAAUACCGAGGUAGAGCUUCAAGGUGGCGGACAUAAACAACAAGCAGAGGGAGUGCAAAGUUGAAGGAUUAAAUGGAUGUCGAAUGAGCACAAAGAAUAAAUAGGAAUGUGUGUGUUCACUCUCCAUUUUGUAUUUAAGCAUCUCCAAGGCAACCUCAUUCAAUGGUAUGCCAAUCACAAAUAGGCCACGGCCACACAUGAACACGCACACACACACACACACACACACAUACACACUUUAUUAUCCUGUUAUUGGGGGGGAGAAUAGGACAUGGCUGCACCACUUAAACAUGGCAAAAAAGAGCACACAAAUGAACAGUGGAGGCUGUCAACGGCAAAGGUUAUGACAUUCCAUGAAUCACGUUUGCGGCUUAAUGAAGAUGAAGUGAUCGGUGGAAGAGAGACAUGAUCCAAACAAACAAGUUGACACCUCUCCCACACAACAGUCUCUCUUCUUCUUCUUCCACCUUCUGCCCUCCUCUUGAUCAGACAUAUUUAUGUGUACAUACAGUGGUGUGAAAAAGUGUUUGCCCUCUUCUUGAUUUCUUAUUUUUUUGCAUGUUUGUCACACUUCAGUGUUUCAGAUCAAACACAUUUUAACAUUAGUCAAUAACAACACAACUCAACACAAAAUGCAGUUUUUCAGUGAAUGUUUUUAUUAUAAAGGAAUACCCAAACCUACAUGGCCAUGUGUGGAAAAAGUAACUGCUACCCUGUUAAAACAUAACUGAGAUUGAAAUCUAUCAGUCUGGAAAAGGUUAUAACGCCAUUUCUAAAGCUUUGGGACUCCAUUGAACCACAGUGAGAGCCACUAUGCACUAUCCACAAAUGGCCGGCCAACCAAAAUUACCCUAAUAGCGCAGCGACGACUCAUCCAAGAGGUCACAAAAGACCCCACAACAACAUCCAGAGAACUGCAGGCCUCACUGACCUCAGUUAAGGUCAGUGUUAAUGACUCCACCAUAAGAAAGACAGUGGGCAAAAACGGCUUGCAUAGCAGAGUUCCAAGAUGAAAACCACUGCUGAACAAAAAGAACAUUAAGGCUCACCUCAAUUUUGCCAGAGAACAUCUUGAUGAUCCCCAAGACCUUUGGGAAAAUACACUUUGGUCUGAUGAGACAAAAGCUGAGCUUUUUUUGGAAGGUGUGUGUCCUAUUACAUCUGGUGUAAAAGUAACGCCAUCAUACUAACAGUAAAAUAUGGUGGUGGUAGCGUGAUGAUCAGGGAUGUUUUGCUGCUUCAGAACUUGGAAGACUUGCUAUGAUAAAUGGAACCUUGAAUUCUGCUGUCUACCAAAAAAUCCUGAAGGAGAAUGUCCAGCCAUUUGUUCGUGACCUCAAGCUGAAACCAAAUUGGGUUCUGCAGCAGGACAAUGAUCCAAAACACACCAGCAAGUCCACCUCUGAAUGGCUGAAGAAAAACAAAAUGAAGACUUUGGAGUGGCCUAGUCAAAGUCCUGACCUGAAUCCUAUUGAGAUGCUGUGGCAUGACCUUAAAAAGGCGGUUCAUGCUCAAAAGCCUUCCAAUGUGGCUGAAUUACAACAAUUCUGCGAAGAUGAGUGGGCCAAAAUUCCUCCGCAGCGCUGUAAGAGACUCAUUGCAAGUUAUCACAAACACUUGAUUGCAGUUGUUGCUGCUAAGGGUGGCCCAACCAGUUGUUAGAUUUUGGGGGCAAUCACUUUUUCACACAGGGCAAUGUAGGUUUGGAUUUUUUUUCUCCCUUAAUAAAAAAAUAGUUUCAUUUAAAAACUGCAUUUUGUGUUCAGUUGUGUUGCCAUUGACUCAUUGUUUGAUUUUCUGAAACAUUGAAAUGUGACAGAAAUCAGGAAGGGGGCAAACACUUUUUCACACCACUGCGCAUAUACAGUAUAUAUAUACAGUCAAACCUGUCUUAGCGGCCACCUUUAUAGAACAGCCACCUGCCUAUAGCAGCCACUGAAAAAUCCCCCGUAGCAAAUUUACAUGUUAUAGACCCUGUGUAUAGCAGUCACCUGUCCAACGCGGCCAGCGGCCACCCAUUUUGUCUCCCUUGGUCAAUAUCUGACUGCAUAUAUGCAUAUAUAUAUUACCAACUCAAGUAGAAGCUUCAUGCACGAAAAAGUUUUGUUUUUCAAUCAAUGAAGCCGUCGUGUGUAGACUUUAAUUACUGAUUCCUAGCUCAGUCACAAUCAUUCACAAGAUCCACACAAACUGUCAGUUGUUCCACAUAAAAAAGCCGUCUUCUUUUGAGCUUGCUAUUUCCUGGUCAAACAUGUAACUUUAAGAGCAUUUGCACCAAAACAUUACCGCAAAGUAGACUGGGAACAGGACGUGCUCCCACCGACGCUACAAUAAAAAAAACAUACGCUAGCAUGCAUGCGGCAGCGGGAGCAAAACUCAGUUCGGUUGUAACCAGUCCUGUUUUGAGUGUUUUCUAAUUGUUGCCACUGAAGUGCACCUGUUGUUAAUUCCAUGAACACCAAUACAGCUGAAAUUUAUCAACGAGGCCCUCAGCUGCUUAACCAACGAGAAAAUUAUCAGACAGGUUUAAUUCAAUUCAUGCCAGGCCCAAUAAAAAAAGUGUUCCUUUAAUUUUUGUGAGCAGUGUGUGUAUAUAUAUAUAUAUAUAUAUAUAUAUAUAUAUAUAUAUAUAUGUAUAUAUAUAUUUGUGUGUGCAUGUAUAUAUGUGUAUAUAUACUGUAUAUGUAUAUAUAUAUAUGUACAUGUAUAUAUCUGUGUGUGUGCGUGUGUUUCCAUUUGUUAUGUAAAUUUUUCAUCAAGCAGAUGAAUGUAAGACUUGUAGCGUUGCCACGUCGAUAUCCUUAGUGUGCCUUCAGUGUGCUUUUUAAGUAGCAUAAACGCCACACAAGUGGAAUAUAAUCAGUAUUUUGUCACCGCUAAUAGCUCCUAGAGCAGGGGUCACCAACACAGUUCCCGCGGACACCAGGUAGCCCCCCACGACAACGAGGCGCCCUCAGGCCUGCUUUUCAUUCAGGUUUUCAGUUAAUAAUGUCAGAACACUACAAAGAAAUGUAUUCUGAAACAUAAAAUGCAAGUUGUGAAUACCAGCAUUUUGUGAAUGUUUUGGUAAAACAAGCAUAUUUGAUUUGUUUGGGUUGAAAUAAGGUAUGAAAAUCAUUUCUACAAAAAUGAGUAGCUCGUGGCCAUUUUCAUUUUCUAAAAGUAGCUCUCGCAAGAAAAAAUGUUGGUGACCCCUGUCCUAGAGCAUCACAAUGAAGCCUCUUUAAUCUGUAGCCUCGUAAGUGAUUAUGUAUCAAGUGUAUAUAGGGUUUUAUAAUAAAGCAAUUGCUGAUUGUUCAGUUACAAAUCCGACAUGUGAGUCAUUUGAUGUCAGUUGACGAAUCAAUGCUUGCGACAAGAAUAAAUAGCCAUCUGUUUUCCACGCCACAUAAUUCAGGUUGGCUCACCUAACAUAUCACAGUACUGACGCAGACGUUUCAGGUGAAACUGAGAUUGCCCAAGCACAUGUCAUGAUGUGAUAAUGACGUGUUUACACUUCAAGGCCUACUCCAAGCAAUCAAACACAGCACUUGGAGGCCAGGAACACCUGAGUCUUUUGGCAAGGUUGCCCACCUGAUGGUUAUUACAUUUUUGCAGCCAUUUUCUAAGCAAAUUUGGAAGUAUGUGCUUUGAAAGUUGCCAAUGACUGCUGUCCUUGGCGAAGAUUAACCUCUACGUGAUUGAUGUUGCAUGGUGAUAACCAGACGAAUAAUAACACACAGGCAAAAAAAGUGUUGUUGUGUGUGAUUUGAUGAAUGUAAUUAACUGCAGCCAUAUUGUGCUAAAUGAUACUCCUGACAUGGUGGUUAGAUCUAAAAAUAUACUUUUUCUCUAAAUAGUGUUAGGUCACCAACAAUGAAAUGUACAGUCGACCGUACAGGCUUUCGUAGUUCAAUACUUUUGAUUAUAUGUUUAAUGUAUGUGAGGGACAACUAACGGCUUGGAAAGCUAAUGAUGAUCAAUUUCCUUGCGUUUCAAUAUAAAUACAGUUAAUCUGAGUUUUUUAAAACACGUUCAGGCUUGUUAUUACUGCAUUGAUUCAAUGGUCUCUCGGACCACCAAUGAAAAGGCACGGCGGUGUCAGAUGACCAUGACAAACCAUUUUUACCUGGCUAAGAUUAGGACACACAGGACUAAAUAACACACUUUUCAAAAUAAACAAGUCAGAAACUGCUACGUGUGAGAUAUGUGAUGUGAAAGAGUCGGUCGAACAUGCAAUAUUCCAAUGUCAGCAAUACAGGUUAGAGAGAUUGAGACUAAAGGCGAGGAUUGU